AUGAGAAUCACAUCUAAAUCAAUCUUGAGCCCAGGGCGAGCUGGGGUUCGAGACCACCGCCAGCCUAACUCACUCUCAACUUCACUUAGCCGGAGACUUAAAAAAAGUGGCAGCAUUAAAGGUGGUGCAUCACCAGCUAUGUUUACUAGUAAGAAAAGAGGCAGUUUUGAAAACCAAGAACCAUCUUCACCUAAAGUUACCUGCAUUGGUCAAGUUAGAGUUAAGUCCAAGAAAAAACAAGCUAAAAAGCUGAGAAGCUUAUCAAGGAGACAUAGUUUAGGUGAUGUUGGUUUUGGAAAGUUGGACCAUUCUGUUCAUGGGGUUGGUUUAAGAAGUCAAAAUGUUGAAAAAAGUUUGGAUCUUGGGUCAAAUGGUGGUCAAACAAUGUAUGGUCAAAGUCAAAGAGAAAGUCAAGAUAAUCAAGAAAGUUGUUCAAAGAGUUGGGUGCAUUUUCCUGUGACAAUUUGUGAUGCUUUAAGGGCUUUUGGAUCUGAGUUUAGUUGUUUGUUUCCUUGCCGGAAAGAGGGAAAGAUGGUGGUGGCUGAAGAUGGUCACCGGCAAGGUUCUUGUGGUGCAUUUGCACGGUGGUUGGUGGCGGUGCAAGAUGGUGGUAGUGGCGGUGGUGGUGAAAGAGAUAUUGAGUUGGUGGUUGGUGAAGAGGAGGAGGAUGAAGAUGAAAGAUUUGUUAAGAAAUCAAGAAGGCAUGUAUUUGAAGAUUUGGAGAUUGUGAAUGAUAGAAUUGAAGGUCAUAAAGAUGAAGCUAGAGUUAGUAUUUGUGUGCCACCAAAAAAUGCUUUGUUGUUAAUGAGAUGUAGAUCUGACCCUGUUAAAGUUGAAGCUCUUGCUAAUAGGUCUUGGGAACCAAGUUUUGAUAAAAAUUAUGAAGAAGAUGAUGGAGAAGAAAUAGUUGUUUUUGAAGAUUGUAAGGUGAUAGAAGAUCUUGAAGUGGGCAAGCCUCAAGUUUUGGUCUUUAAUCAAGAUCAAGACAAUUUGCAACAAGAUGAAGUAAAUCAAGCUCAAGAACUUGAUAAUGUGCAAGAUGAUGAAGUAUGUGAAGUUCAAGCUUUUGAUAAUUUGCAAGAAAAUGAAGUGGGCCAAGUUCAAGAAUAUGAAAAUGUGCAAGAAAAUGAAUUGGGUCAAGAAAAUGUGGAAGAAAAUGAAAUGGGUCAAGAAGAUAUGCAAGAAAAUGAAAUGGGUCAAGAAAUUGUGCCAGAAAAUGAAACGGGUCAAUCUCAAGAACAUGAAAAACUGGAAGAAGAUGAAGUGCGUCAAGAUGAAGAAGAAAGUUUGUAUCUUGAGUUAUUAUUUGAAGAAAUCUUGGAAGAUCAAGAUAAUGAGAUUCAAGAACAAAAUGAGUCAACAAUGGUGGCCAAUGUAGCAAACAUCUUUGAAGCUUAUGAAGAAGAAAUGGCUAAACAAAGUACUAAUGGAGCUUUAGAGAAAGAAACUGAGAAAGUAUUGCCACAAUGUUUAUUAAUGAUGAUGUAUGAGCCAAAGUUAUCAAUGGAAGUUUCAAGAGAAACAUGGGUGUGUAGCAAAGAUUUCAAGCAACAUUCUUCUAGAAAAAAGCCACCUCCGGCGCCGGUGGCGGCGCCAACGACGGCGGAAGGUGGUAUUGGGUCAAGUGGUAAUGCAAAUGCUACUCUUAAAGAUAUGAUGAAGGUGGCUGAUGGUGGGUUUUCGGCGGCUUUACAGCAGCCGGCGCGAUCAUCGUGUUCUUUGCCGGCGGCGCCAUCAAUGGCGGCGGUGUUAGGGCAGAAGUUGGCGGAUGCGGUGGGUUAUGAGCCGUUUGUGUUGACUAGGUGUAAGUCAGAGCCAAUGAAAACGGCGGCGGCUAAGCUGUUACCGGAGAGUUGUGUUUGGGAAAACAGGAAGGUAGAGCAACUGAGCCGAGUUACAUUUGGUGUCGGCUCGGCUCGGCUAGGGUUUUGA